CACGGUUACACUGAACGGCUAAAUAAUAUGCCCUUGGUUUCCUCUGUGAGGUGAAGCGCUAACAGGCUAGUCAAUAAAGUCAGUUUAUAAUAAUUGUUUGGAUCAGUGUAUUUUCUCGACAUGGGGCUCCCAGAUGAGGCGAAGGCCCUUCCACCUCCAGGAAUAAUCAACCGAAACUCGGUCUGGCUCGGUAUUAUCGGCUGGUGCUCUGCGAUGCUACAGAAUGCCAUCAACCGCAGGCCGCCCAUGAAAUCAGGUGUUCACCGGCAAGCCUUGCUGGCAUCCAUUGGUUGGUUCAUUGGUUACCAUGUCACCAAACACGAGAACUACACAUACGCUAGACUGGACCGAGACAUGAACGAAUACGUACGACUCCACCCAGAGAACUUUUCAGACAAAGAGAAGAAGACAUUUGCAGAGAUUGUGGAGCCUUUUCACCCAAUUCGCUGAGUGUAGGAGGCUGGCUGAAGGAGAAGAGAGAACAUUUGAACAGAAUACCACCUGUCUCUGUAGUACCUAGUUGGUGUUAAUGCGAUCACCCAUUACAUUAUGUCAAAUCCUAAAGAGUCUUGUAUAUAAUAAAAUAAAUCCUACUCAAAUAAUGUG